GGCCGCGUCCUCUCUUCCUCUCAGGAAUAGAGACCGCAGCUCACGAUUAAAGACUGGGUUAGAGUAGCUAGGACAGGGCUGAGGAACGGAGCGUUUCGAGGGGGCCGCGAGACGCGGCGCCUCCGCCCCUAAGCGGCGCGUACUGCCGCCUCGGUAGCUGUCAUGGCGGCCCGGGCCACGUGACCCCGGCUUGGCGCAGGCCUGGUUGCCCAUUGCUCUGGUUCGGCAGCCCUGGCUCUCCGCCUCCCUCCCUUUCUCGUUUGUGGACUCGGACGUUCCCUUUCUUCCCUUAGGAGGACUGUUACACAGAUUUCCGAGAAAUCCGUAAGAAAAUUCGAUCAACAACAUUGUAUAAUGCCUUUAAGUUAAUUAAGCCUUAUCAGGUUUUCUUGACUGUGAUUUCCCGGAAUCUAGUUGCCACAUUUAAGUGUUCCGCUGGGCCUUCCUGUAUUCGCAUUCUCUACCCAAGGACUCUUAGGAAACAGCUGGAGAAAAUGACACACUGGUUUCAUAGGAACCCAUUAAAAGCCACAGCUCCUGUCGCUUUUAACUACUAUGGUGUAGCCGCUGGCCCUGCUGCUUCAAAAAUUUGCAGUGACUUGAGAUCAACCAGAGCACGACUGCUUGAACUCUUCACUGAUUUGAGCUGUAAUCCAGAAAUGAUGAAGAAUGCAUCAGAUUCCUAUUUCUCACUUUUACAAGGUUUCAUAAAUUCAUUGGAUGAAUCUACCCAAGAAAGCAAGUUACGAUAUAUUCAAAAUUUCAAGUGGACUGAUACAUUACAAGGACAGGUUCCAAGUGCCCAGCAGGAUGCUGUUUUUGAAUUAAUUUCCAUGGGAUUUAAUGUAGCUCUAUGGUAUACCAAAUAUGCUUCAAGACUGGCUGGAAAAGAAAACAUAACAGAAGAUGAAGCAAAAGAAGUCCAUCGAAGCCUAAAAAUUGCAGCGGGGAUUUUUAAACAUUUAAAGGAAAGUCAUAUCCCAAAGCUUAUUACACCUGCAGAAAAAGGGAGGGACUUAGAGGCACGACUACUAGAAGCUUAUGUUGUCCAGUGUCAGGCUGAAGCUCAAGAAGUAACAAUUGCUCGAGCAAUUGAACUGAAACAUGCUCCUGGACUAAUUGCUGCACUGGCCUAUGAAACUGCCAACUUCUAUCAAAAAGCUGAUCAUACUUUAUCCAGUUUGGAGCCUGCGUAUUCUGCUAAAUGGAGAAAAUAUCUUCACUUGAAAAUGUGUUUCUACACAGCUUAUGCUUACUGUUAUCAUGGUCAGACUUUGUUGGCUAGUGAUAAAUGUGGUGAAGCAAUCAGGUCUCUCCAAGAAGCAGAAAAAUUUUAUGCAAAGGCAGAGGCAUUGUGCAAAGAAUAUGGAGAAACCAAAGGACCCGGACCAACGGUCAAACCUUCAGGACACUUAUUCUUUAGGAAACUUGGAAAUCUUGUGAAGAAUACCCUAGAGAAAUGUCAGAGAGAAAAUGGAUUUAUUUACUUUCAAAAAAUUCCAACAGAAGCUCCACAACUGGAACUCAAAGCAAAUUAUGGUCUUGUAGAGCCUGUACCUUUUGAAUUUCCUCCUACAAGUGUGCACUGGACACCAGACACACUGGCUGCAUUUGAUCUCACCAAAAGACCCAAGGAUGACAGUACCAAACCCAAACCCGAAGAAGUGGUGAAACCUGUGAAAGAACCAGAUAUCAAACCUCAGAAGGACACGGGGUGCUACAUCUCCUAAAGUACAUCGAUAAAAUGUGCACUUUGAAUUUCUCUACUAGUAGAUAAGAUAAACCAUGGAACUUCAGUUCGUAUUUCUUGAAAUGUUUCCUCUGAAGCCUGUAGAAUGAUUUAGUACAUUCAGAGGGAAUCUGCCUUCAGUUUAUUUGUUCUUGAUUUUUACUAUGGUAGAGAAGUUUCAUGCUUUGUUUCCAGACUCCAUUUUAAUCAGGACAACAUAUAGAAGAUUUUAUUGUGCCUCUGAAGGGCAUGUUUGGUUGUUGGUUUUUGUUCUGAACUCUGGGUAGUAAUAAGUUUCCGGUUACUAUAUUAUAGUGGUUUCAGGUAUGUUUUUCUAUCUUCACAAACAAAAAGGUUUAUUUUCCUUUCUCUUAUUUGAUGCCAGAAGAAUGACAGGAGUUGGAUUUUAACUGAGAGGCUUUCCCCCUCACUGUUACGUUCUCACACAGACUUGUUAUGUUCUGGGUCUAUUACCUUUUCUGGUAGAAAAGUCAUUUAUAGUUUAAGAUCAGAAAAUCUUCAUACCAAAUCCCUUACAUAUGCAAGAAGCUAUAAUUUGUUCAGAAAUCAGUGUUUAUAGGUAUUUUGAGACCAUUUAAGAACUUUUAAGAACUUACCCAGCGGUGCCUGGCUGGCUCAGUGGGGGGAGCGACUCUUGAUCUUGGGGUUCUGACUUCAAGCCCCAUGUUGGACAUAGAGAUAACUUAAGUAAAUAAAUAAAUCCUUAAAAAAAAAAAAAAAGCACAUACUCCUGUUCUGGUAGCCUCGCACUUUAUUUCAAUCUCAAUAAACCUACAGUGAUUUUUACAAGUACCUUUUUCCUGAUGGGUUGUUUUACUUAGAGGACAGAACUUGGUGACAGCUCUUAAUGAACACAGAAUGAAAAUGUUUUUGCAGAAGUGAGAUAUUGCGUGAUGUAAAGAAGAAACUUUAAACUUAAACGAGAUAGGUUGUCCUGAAUUACACUAGUAACUCUACAUUUUGGUGACAGAAGUUACGGUAAAAUGCCUUUGUUACCUGACUUCAGUGUGCAUUGUUACUGUAUGGUUUUCUAAUACACACGUCCUAUCCAAAUUGUAUUGCUUUAGGCCAAAGGCCAUAACAAAAACUUAAAGAGCAAACAUACAGUAUGAUCUUAAAAAUAGCUCAUAAUAUUUGAAACAGUUAGUUUAGCGUAUACACAAACCUGGGAAAUAAAUAGUGGAUGCAUAAUACUUUAACAAAAGUCACACAUCUGUAGGCUUAUCUUUUGAUUAUUCUUCUGGGAAAAAUUAGCUAAUUUUUCAUCAUAAAUGACAGAUUGGUUCACUUAAUAGAAAUAAUAGUAGUGUAUAUUGGGAGCUUACUAUGUGCCAGGCCCUCUGCUGAACACUUACAUAGAUAAACCAUUGAAUCCACACAGCAACCCUGUGACAAAUAAGUAAAAGUCUGCAUAAGGUGUUGAAAUAGUAAUAAACAUUUCAUUAUGAAGAAUGAAUAGGGGCACCUGGAACAUAUGACUCUUGACCUUGGGGUUGUAAGUUCGAGCCCCACGUUGGGUGUAGAGAUUACUAAAAAAAUUGAAAAGAAAUAGAUUAUGCCUAUCUGAAUCAAUGUUGUGUCCAAAUAAAUGAUUACUUAGAUCAUAGUUUUUACUCUUGAAAAUACAUAGAAUAAGGGUUUUUUUUUUAAAAUAUGUGGAAAUGCUAAUUACCCCUUGCUAUAUAACAUUUAAUAUUUGAAGCUGCAGAUUCUAAUAAGUGGAAUAAUAACCGGACAGACAUUUAAUUUUAUUUUGCUGUGUGUAGAAAAAAUAUUUCAAUUAAAUUUCACUGUAUUUUGUGUGCUACUACAAAAUCAUUGGUUUGCUGUAUGCCAUUUACUGACAAAACUUUAAACAGUACUUGAUGCCAGCUUGUUGCUCUUGGCCUACAGGACCUGUUUGUCGUUGGGUACUAGUGCUUAUUAACCUAGUUAACUCAAUUUUCACAUUAACAUUUUUGUGAAUCAUACUACCAUAUAUGGAAUGAAAACACGUCAUACGGUCAGUGCUUCUGUAAAAUGCAAGAAAUACUGGUAUUACUUUAAAUCAGUAAUUGGCAACUUCGACAUGAGUAAUAAAUAGCGUGUUGACUCAGCAUAAGUGACGCAUUGUGACUAGAAUCCCCCAUUCUUUAUUAUAUUCUUUAAAAUGGUGUUGGAAAUUUUUGGAAGUUAACAAAUGUAAAGCAGUUGCAUGAAGGCUGUAGAGGGACGUAACUUUGUGUUAACUGUGCAUUGCAUACAUUUCAUACUUAGUUUAAACUGGAUAAUGACAGCUAACAUACUCGGCAAAAGUAUUGUUUGUAUAAUGAAUUAUCUUUUUAUUUAUGAAAAUAAAAGUAAUUUUACCUAA